AUGCUCGACCCGGACAAUAAUGUCCCGCUGGAGGAGCAAUACGACAUUCUGACAGAGGAGGAGCAGAAGCGCCUGCUCGAAAAGCUUGUGGUCGAGAACGAGGCUGACAUAAAGACGUUUUCGACCUUUCUCAAGAUGCCUACAGUGGCCAUUUUGGUGAUGAACCUAGUGUUCAUCUACAACUACGCGACCGGCGGCCUUGGAUCGUCAGCCCACAUGAAUGGCGCAAAACUGCCAGUCGUCGGCGUCAGCAUCUAUUCGGAGCACCCAGUCGUGGGCACAGAGCUUUCGGUGGUCAUACUGCAGUUUACGUUUUACCUGCUGUCGACUGAGCGUUGGGAUUCGAUUGCCAAGGCUGUGCUGGGCAUAUUUAUGGCGGCCGGGAGCGUGCAUGCGGUGACGUGCCGCAAAAGCGGAAUCUUUGAGUUCAUUUGGUGGCUACUGCCGGUGCUGAAUCUUGCGAUUGCAAGCUAUGCGCAGCUCAACAUGCGCCGCAGCCGGCAGGAAAUCGAGAAGCUUGCGAAAAAGACAUACCACGUAAAGAGCGCCUGA